AUGUGGGACCUCGAAGGCUUUAUGACGCUGAGAGACGCUGCGCAGCUGAAGAAAGACAACGGUAUUCAAUCUGCCCGCCUUUAUGGCAACGUGGUGUCAUAUCAGUACUACUACAUUGACAUUUUAGCCUCACGGCUGCUCUUGCCAGCGAGACGGGGUAUUCGCUUCACUGACUAUGUCUCUUUGGGUGACGAGUUUCAGCAGAACCCUGCAGUGAAGGUGCACAUGGGUUGCCACACGCGGGAGACCCGACUUUUCGUUACUCAGAAGGCCAGGGGCAUCGACAGCCACACUCUGUUGGUUGGUAGGCAACUGUGCGUUUGA